AUGUAUUCGAAGCUUGAGAUCCUAUUGCUUAAAAACUGCGAUGUACAAGGUACAUGUUUUCUAGGAAUGAGAGAACUAAAAGUUUUAAGUCUUACAGCUACGCGGUUUAUUUCCUUGUAUGCUCUUACGUUCCUACCAAAACUUCGUGCUCUGCAUUUGGACUAUUUUGAGGACUUUUCAUUCCUUGGAAACCUAACAACACUUGAGAUUCUGAGUUUGGGUGGUUGGGCAUCCAAGGGUUUGGCAGAUGAAUUAGGGAUGUUAGAAAAUCUAAAGAUAUUGGAUCUAAUCAAUUGUAGGUUUCCUUGGAGAUUUCAACCUGAAGUCAUUCGAAGGUUGUCUCAGCUAGAGGAGUUGUACCUACCAGAAUUAAAUAUGGGAAAUGGAGACUUCAAGUUUCCUGAAUUAGAAAAAUACAAAAUGUGCAUAAGCUGUUUUAGUAUAUGUUCUGGUAACGAAGAAAUGUUCAGUUUUGGUCAUACUUUUGACGUAGCAAGAUCCUUGAAAUUUGAGGGAGUGUUUCCUUACAAUGCAGUUUCCCAAUUACUUGGGAAUUUAGAGUCUCUUCAAGUGUCACGUAUCAAGGAUGAGUAUGUAGAAUGCUUGACUAAUAAAACACAACAAAAGGUGUCAGUAUCAAUGAUCUUACGAAACCUAAAACUAGUGAGAAUUGAUUACUGCAAGAAUCUAAAAGUGGUAUUUCAAAUGGAGGAGGUGGAGGAAAAUGAAGCUCCACUCCUUUCAAAUUUAAAGAUUUUACGUCUUCAAAGGUUGCCAGAUUUGAGUUGCAUAUGGGAAUUGCCAACCCAACAUGUAAGACUUGAAAGCUUAGUUGAAUUGACUAUACUACACUGCCGACGUUUGAAAUCACUCUUUUCACAUUCUCUUGCUCAAAGUCUCGUACUCUUGGAAAAACUUGAGAUAAUCUAUUGUCCUGAAUUGAAGCAAAUAGUGACAGAAAUAGAAGGUGACGAGGGAGAAAUAUCAUCGACCAUCAAUUCUCAUACUUCUUUGUCCUUCCCAAAGUUAACAACGGUCUACAUAUCUACUUGUGAUGGUUUGGAAUAUAUUUUUCCGACCCAACAUGUAAGACUUGAAAGCUUAGUUGUUUUGACUAUAAAAAAGUGCCCACGUUUGAAAUCACUCUUUUCACUUUCUCUUGCUCAAAGUCUAGUACAAUUGAAAGGCCUUGAAGUAAGCUACUGUGAUGAAAUGAAGCAAAUAGUGACAGAAUUGGAAGUAUAUUUUUCCAACGUCGAUGUCACCACAAGGGCUUCAGGGUUUGACUCUAAACGUAGAGGCUUGCCUCAAUUAAAACAAGUGUUCAGAGUUGCCAAAGACAGGGUGGGAAAUGACAGUAUGCUCCAACACCAGCAGUUCUUGAAAUCGUUAUCAUCCUUUUCAGUGAAAAGAUGCCCUCUAUUAACUGAUUUGGUUGUUCAUUUAGAAGCUAAGAAAGCUACCAUAAAGGGUGUUCGACUAUCAGCAUUCAAGGAAUCAUUCAAAACUUCAAAACAACUUGAACUAAGAGAAAUUCAGGAUCUUGAAUGCUUGGUUGAUACAACAAAGAAUGGGCCAACUUCAGCAUUCACUCAUUUGGAGACAUUAUUUAUAGAAGAUAUGGUUGGGUUGGAAGCCUUAUGCAAGGGUCAGCCUCCACAAGGUUUCCUCAAAAACUUGAAACAUCUGGAAAUUAGAGGAUGUUGUAAGUUGCAAGUGGUGGGUGAGCUCCUUCAUGACGGAGAAGAAAAUCAAGAGCACCCACUUUCAAAUUUACAAUUUUUGGAGCUCAACGGAUUACCAGCAUUGAGAUGGAUAUUCAAAGGCUCUCCCCAUUCUUUCACCUUCCAAAGUCUUAAGGCUGUAGACAUAGGUGGAUGCGGAAAAUUGAAAUCCCUUUUUUCACCUUCCCUUAUUCAAAGCCUAGUGCUUUUAGAACAACUCAAGAUACAAGACUGCAACGAAUUGGAAACUCUUUUCAAUGAUCGUGAAAUAGAAUCAAAGACUUCUUCCCUUCCUCUCCGCUUGCCCAAAUUGAAGAUUCUUUUUAUCAGAGCGUGUUCAAAAUUGGAAUAUGUUGUGCCAAUCACUUUGGCUCAAGGUCUUCCUGCUCUUGCAUCGCUUUCGGUUUCUUCUUGUGGUGCAUUAAAGCAAGUAUUCGGCAUGCCAUAUGAACAAAAUGGAGUUCAAAACCAUAGUAGCCUGCUCCUUCCAAGUCUACAAGAUCUAGAACUUGAUUGGUUACGAAACUUGACUAGUUUUGUCCCACAAAACUAUAUUGUCAAAGCACCAUCUUUGAAAAGCGUAAAAGCCAAUGUUUGUUCUAAAGUGAUAAACUUUCCUAUUCAAGAAGCCAACAAUCAGCUGGAAUUAACGUUAAAGGAAACUAGAUUAUCCGCAUUCAAAGAAUUAUUAUGCAAUACAAAAGAUCUUGUUCUCCACAAUAUUGGAGAUCACAAAAAUCUCGUCCCAGAUCUUGUAGAUCUGGAACGUCUGGACAGAUUAACUUCCCUCUCUAUUAACAAAUGGAGAAGUGGUGAAUGCUUGGUUGAUGCAUCACAAAUAAUGAUGGAUUUCAAAUGCAAUGGCCAACCUCCCAAGUGUUUCUUGCAGAAUCUCAAAAUUUUGAGAGUUGUUGAUUGUGAAAAAAUUUCAAAGAUAUUUCGAAUCGAUGAUGGAAUAGAAUCAAAUGCACGUUACUUGCCAAACUUGAAAUUUGUGGAGAUUAGAGAAUGUCCAAGUUUAGAAUAUGUCUUCCCACAUACUUCAAUUGGAGGUUUUUCUCAUCUAGAGGAGGUAAAACUUGUUGGAUUGAGAACCUUGAGGAGCAUUGUAGGAGAAAACAACUUUUUGGAAGCACCAACUUUGAAAAUUUUAUACAUCCGAGGAUGUUCAGCGUUUACAAAUUUUACCUUUCAUAAAGAAGUUAAAAAGAGUGUUUUCUUAAAGGAGUUCUUCUUCUCUAUGGAAGGUAUAGACAGUAAAAAAGUCAAUUUAUGUAAUAUGGUAAACACUCAGUUGACACAAAUAUCACCAGAUUUCGAAUAUAUAACUUUGGGGAACUUUGAACAAUUGUUUCAGCUUCAGGAUGGAAAUAUCAUCUCAAGUCUAGAGAUAAUGGAGCUGUUUAAUGUGAUUAGGUUGCGAGAUAUAUGGAAGGGUCCCAUCCAAGUUGCAACCAAUCUUAGAGAAAUAAGUGUUCACUGUUGCAAUAACUUGACAUACAUCUUUCCAGAGACGCUCAUUCGACAUUUACCACAAUUAAGCAUUUUAAGGAUAAAGUCAUGUGUGAACCUGAAGAAAAUAAUUGGAAAUGAUGACAUUUUAGCAUCUUCAUCAUCAUCACAAGGUCCUCAGUUGGAGAUGAAAAUGGUAUUCCCUCAAUUAAAGAAAAUAGAACUUGAAAAUUUGUCAAAGAUCGAGAGCUUCAGCCCUGUGGGUUCUUGUUGA